AUGGCCGACUCUGAAGCUUCCAGUUCGCGUCUAGAACCGCGCAGGGCAUGUCAGGAGUGCAACCGGAAAAAGACAAAAUGUGAUAUGCGACGGCCCGUCUGUGGUCUUUGUCUACGUACUGGCAACGCUUGCAGUUUUCCCGCCAAGCGUAAAAAGCCAACCAUCCGAAAACCUCAGCUUAAAACGAAUACUCGAAAGAUUGGCGACAACCUGUCCAGACUGGUCCAAAUUCUCGAAGCAGUUUCCCAGACUCCCAGUGAUGGCGAGGCGCCAAAUGGCAAACGUGAGCUAUCCCAGGGGAUGCUACGGGACUCGCUGAAAGAUAUCAUCGCCGAGAUCAAAUCGUCCGAGGAUCAACAACCCCCAAAUCACGAGCCGCCGGAACAAGCCGAUCAUCAAUAUUCUGUCUCCGACGAAGACAACCUCGACGACGAAGACAUCGAACCUGAUGACAGUAUCGCCCUCCCUUCAGCACCUCUCAAUCCGGAUAAAGCCAAGGCGGAUGGUGUUACUGCGACAACCUCAACCGCUGAUGCCGGCAUUUCCUGCUCGCUGGCUAUCGAUCUCGUCAACCUCUUCUUCGACAAGGUACAACCAUGGCUUGCGAUCCUGCACCGACCUCGAUUUCAAGCACGCUACGAACGUAAGCUUCUUGCCGAUGGAGAUGUGAUGAAAGGGUUGUCGGUCGAAGAGUCACUCUUGUUCUACAGCAUGUUUGCCUUGUCAGCCAGGUUUUCCAACCACCCAGCCUUUCACAACAUACCUCCCAACAAGCGAGGACAGACUUUCGCCGAAAGAGCAAGAGACGUCUACACUCAAGCCCGCGCCCUCAAAAACCCGGCUCUUAUGUACCUCCAGGGUUGCAUCCUCCUUGCCUUUUACUUCUACUCUUCGGGCCCAACCCAUCAGGGCUGGAUUCUCAUCGGUGUCUGCGUUCGCCUAGGAUACGAACUCGGUCUUUUUGAGAUCGAUGAUGACGAUUGGACACCGGCGACUCCGGUUGAUCAUGUUGAAAAGGAGGAGCUGAGACGAGCUUGGUGGCUGAUUUGGGAACUCGACACCUUCGCUUCGACUGUUUCACGACAUCCAUACUCGAUUGACCGUAAGCGAAUGUCAGUAAAUCUUCCCAUCUCCGACGAAGCUUGGUUUGCCGAGCUCGAUGUACCCUCUGCCCAACUCAAUUUACAACCAGGCCAGUCAUGGCGGUCUCUGCAUGGCAGUGCCAACCAAGACGAAAGAGCUUGGUUCCUGCUCGCAAACUGUCUGAUGGCCUCAUUUCACGACAGGCUCCAGCAGAAACAUGACAUCUCCCCUGAAGAAAAGUUGACCAUGGAGAACGAAGUAUGCUGCUUCAAGCUGGCUCUACCUCCAUCCCUCCGGCUCGACAUCGACACGCUGACUUUUACUCCCGCAACCUACGCCCGCUGCAACUGGAUCAUAGGCAUCCAUCUCAUGUUGAUGGCCACCUCUUUCAUGGUGAGUGGGAUUGUCACCUCAGACACCGAUGACCUCAGUGCGUUAGGACUCGGUUCCACUGCACUGUCACCGAUGCGGCAACGCGCCAUUGACUUGUCACGCAUUAUCAGCCUCUGGGAUACUCGAUACAUUUCAGUAGCGCACCCUUUUUUGACCUGUAUGAUGCUUCCGCCUUCCGCAGUCGACAGCAAUCUCUACAAAUCACAAUCGCUCAUUUUGUCUACUCACGACAUGGCCAAGCUUGUCCUAGAACACUUUGCUGAACGAUGGAAAUUGGGCUCGGUAGUCUGGGAAAUCGCGAAGAUGCUCGAGAGAGGCGGACCGAUGACUGCUGAGGGAAAGCAGUUGGUCAAAAGAUAUGCAGUCUUCUUCCGCAUACCCCGUCUUGGUGUUCAGAGCCCCGCGUUCUUGCAGUCUGAGCAUGGCCGGACCGGCUCGACAACGAAUGAUACACCAUUGCAGACUGGUCAGGCGGACAUUCAGCAGCAGCAACAUCAAUUGCAACCGACAUAUCCUUCGACCGGUCUAGCCGAUCAAACGAGUAUCACCAACUUCGAGCCUUCCAUGUUUGAUAUUCAGAAUUUUCCACUUUACGAGACUGGCAAUGACCUCGACCUCGGGUUCUCCGAGUUCUUUGGCGGCUAUAAGGGGAUGGAUUUCAUUCUUCCCGACUCAUGA